UUGUUUUUCAUUAAUAGCGUUUCGUCGGUUUCGUUCUUCAGUAAUGUUGCUUCCUGGCUCUGCAGAACGUCUUGGAUUCUUGCCCGAAAGCGAAGAAUGUGCGCUUCGAAUAACCUCUAACUCAGGAUCUCAGGAUGUAUUUGUUUGGAAUCAUUCAGACUACUUCAUUAAGUCUUUGUUCACAUUGAACAUUUCUGUAGCUAUAAUCAACCGGCUAUCCUUUUUUCAACGCACCAGAUUGCAAUACCUCGCUAUUUCUGGAACAUUAGAACAGUUAAAAGAGUUUAAUUACUUGAAUGCCAGUUAUAAUCCUCUUUCAGUGACAGCUGUAGUUGAUGGUACUCCAGAUGAUGGCGAAAAACUGAUAUACAUGUUCUGGUCACGUAGAAUUUAUAAUGUCAUUGCCAUAGUGAAUGGCUUAUUGCUUAGGAGUGUUCACGUCGGUUGUGGAAACUACAGAAUUAUAAGAUCAAGUAAUUGCCCAUUUUUUUCGGAGCAAUAUUCACAUUUUGGGGAAUGCGCUUUCGAAAUAAAUUACAUUGAAAGGGAACCGUUUUUCAUCGGAUCUCCGAAUGAUGGCGUCGAGUAUUUGUUGUUAACCAUGAUACUGAAUAUUUUUGGUAUUAAUGACAUUGUUUGGCUGAAAGAAAAAAACUACGGAAGUCUUGUGAACGGAACUUGGACGGACGGAUUGGGUAACUUGGGAGACCUCGCUGCUGGUGGUUACGUGGUAUCUGUGAACAGGAUUAAUCAUUUCCUGUUGACGUAUCCACAUUAUUUAGAAAAAUAUGUAUGGUUCACUCCAGUACCUGCUUUGAAACAGGUAUGGUUGGGGAUGGAUAUUUUGGAUUUCGGAAGUCAUUUACUUCUUUUCACAUUCAUGUCCUGUUGUUUUUCAAUGUUUUCAGAAGGUGAACGGAUGUUUUCAACUCCGAGCCUGUGUUUUUUGAAUGUUUUAAGGGUGGUAUUAGGACAGCCGAUACGGAAAACGCCUAAAAGGAGCCCUGUGAGAAUAGUAUUCAUAUCGUGGGCAUGGUAUCAAAUGAUAUUUAAUAGUGUAAUGUCUGGUACGUUAAUAGAAAGUCUUUAUAACCAGAAAAAAAUUGAACUGCCUGAACUUAAUCUAGAAAAAAUAUCGUGUUUGAUGCAAGCAGCGGAUGAAAGUAAUUCUAUAAUACCUAGCGAAGAGUGCGACAUAACGAAAUUGGCUGUUAGGCUGGCAAAGCACAGAAAUUUUACAAUUUUAGCAGCAGAACAGCCUAUGAAAUUCAUUGCGGAAAAACUGAAUCUUCCAGUUAGGAGGGUGGGUAAAACGUUCUUAAGACAGUUGAAAACAUUCGUCCUUCCGAAAUACAGUCCAUAUUACGACAAAAUCGAUAAGUUAAUGUCGCUCUCUUUUGAAACUGGAUUAACACAGAAAAUAAUCAGAGAAGUGGAAGGCCGACAUAUUUCAAAAAACUAUAUUGAAGUCCCUGAAGCACCUACUAACAUGGCGCUGGUAUUUACACUUUUCGCAGCUUGUUAUGCAGUAUGUACAAUAGUUUUCUUAUUGGAAAUAACUUUGUUUAAAUAUUGAAAUUAUCAUGUAAUUAUUUACAAUCAAAUUAUGGUCUAUUAUUCAUAAUAUAGUGCAACUUAUGUGUACUGGAAUUUCAUACAAGGGCGACCAUAGAAACUAUAAUAAAU